AACUUUUUAGAGGAUAUAAAAAUGGUAGGACCUGGAGUUUACAUACGCGGUUUGUUAGUAGUAGUAGCACUCAACGAAGAAACAAAAGGAAAGAAAUUAAAUUCAAGGAUUCCCUCUCCCUCUUCCUCUCCACCCACCUCAGUCCUCCAUCCCUCUCUGUCCCUGUUUCUCUCCUGUGUAGUGUUAGAGGGUGAAGGGGUAGGAGGGUAGCAAAGACUCAUACUUUUAUUAUUUAAAGUAGAGACAGAUAACAAAGUAUUUCUGUUAGUGUAGUUAAUUUGCUAUUCUAGUGCUUCAGGCUUGGGGUGGGGUGGAAUUUUUGUUAUUAGUUUGUUGUUGUUGGUUUUUUUUUUUUUUUUUUGGUGCCACAAUGAUCAUUGCCGGCCCCAACUUUAUGGACCCAGGGAGAUCUUGACAUGAUAUUUAGGGGAAAUGAUCUUCCUUUCUGGAACGCAACUUCUCCAAGGGUUAGAGAACCCCUGCUCUCGCCUUUCAUCACAUCAAGCUGAAGCCUUGGUCACCCACACACAUAGAAGGGACCGCUCAAGCCAGCGCUCUAAAUCCAAAAGGAGCCUGUGAUACUUAAGUACUCGUGUGUGUGGUGGGGGUGUGGGGUGUGGGGUGUGUGGUGGGGGUGUGGUCGGGGGUGGGGAUCCAAAAUGAAGAAGGUAAGGGAAUGAGGUUGGCCUGUUGGUGGAAUACUCAAUAUUCAAAGUCCUAGCAGGGAAGGUAGCUUCUAAGGUUCCUUACCAUUUACCUCACUUUUAACUGAGCGACUUCGCCUCCCUCUUUCCCCGCGCCUCUGGCGGCGCGUCUCCGCUUUUCCCAAUGACAACAUGGCGCCUCCCUGUGUGGCGUGAGCGACUUCGAGCCACGGGUCACCGCGCUUCCUCGGCCCGUCCCCCGGCCCGCGUCAGCCUUUCCACACAAAAACAUGAUGAGGCUCAGCCUCAUUCCCGAGCCCCUUCGUGACAGCGGGAGCGCGGCCCGCCUGUCCGUAUGGGAGCUUGGCGCCGCCCCACGCUGGGCAGGCGCCUCCCGCCUACCCUCCCCCCCGCCCCGCACAGAGCGCGGGCGCUGCCCACCGCCGCGGGGCUGAGAGGACAGCCCGCAGCUCGGCGGGCGAGCCAGGCGGCCCGGGGGCUCGAGGCCCAGGCGCCCAGCACGGCGCGCGCGUCCCUCCCGCCCUUUCGCGUUGCGGGCCCCAGGGGACUGGCAGCGGGAGUGAACCCGGGGAUAUCGCGAACGCCGCGGCAGGAAAGUCAACAGACUUAACUGAGGAUGUCUGAAAACCUUGACAAGUCCCAUGUAAAUGAAGCAGGAGAGUCAAAGUCGGCUGCCUCGGAGGAGGGCCAGAAAGGUGCUCUGGAGUGCUCUGAUGAAGCCUUACAGGAAAAAGUAAAGUCGGACUCGCCUAGUCCCCUGAGAGUGGGAAGACCUCACUCUAGUCCUCCUCGGCUUGUCACUGUAGAGGAACUGCUAGAAACAGCAAAAGGAGUCACCAACAUGGCUCUGGCCCAUGAAAUUGUGGUAAAUGGAGACUUCCGGAUUAAUGCUGUUGAAUUAGCUGAAGGCAGCUUGGAGAAGAGAGUGAAGGAGAUUGUACACAAAGCAUUCUGGGAUUGCUUGAGUGUCCAGCUAAGUGAAGACCCCCCGACCUAUGACCAUGCCAUCAAACUUGUAGGAGAGAUCAAAGAGACUUUGUUAUCUUUCUUGCUGCCUGGUCACACAAGACUGAGAAACCAGAUAACAGAAACCUUGGAUCUGGAGCUGAUAAAACAGGAAGCAGAGAAUGGGGCCCUAGACAUUUCCAAGCUGGCAGAAUUCAUUGUUGGCAUGAUGGGGAUAUUGUGCGCACCUGCUCGAGAUGAGGAAGUUAAAAAACUAAAGGACGUUAAGGAAAUAGUGCCUCUUUUCAGGGCAAUAUUUUCUGUGUUGGACCUAAUGAAAGUCGACAUGGCCAACUUCGCUAUCAGUAGCAUUAGGCCACACCUCAUGCAGCAGUCAGUCGAAUAUGAGAGAAAGAAGUUUCAGGAAGUGUUGGAGAAGCAGCCAAACUCCCUGGACUUUGUCACCCAGUGGCUGGAGGAGGCCUCAAACGACCUUUUGACUCAGAAGUGCAAACAUGCCCUGCCAGCCGGGGGAGGCGCUGCUGGCUCUGGGGAUGCUCCACUACUGACCGCUGCUUCUGUCCAGAACUAUGCCUACCUGAAGCUUCUGAAAUGGGACCACUUCCGGAGACCUUUCCCUGAGACAGUUUUGAUGGACCAACCUCGUUUCCAAGAGCUGCAGCUCCAGCUGGAGCAGCUGGCCCUCCUGGGAGCUGUGCUGCUCGUCACGUUCAGUACCUCUGCACCUGCAGUUUCUGGGCAUGCCGGCUUUGCGGAGAAGCUCAAGACGGUGGUGAAGAUUCUGCUAGCAGACGUGCAUCUGCCUUCCUUCCAACUGGAGGACGCCCUGACUUCCAUUGGGGAGAAAGUGUGCCUGGAGGUGAGCAGCUGCCUCUCCAUGUGUGGAUCCUCUCCAUUCUCUGUCAGUAAGGAGACUGUGCUCAAGGGCCAGAUUCAGGCCCUCGCCAGUCCUGACGACCCCAUUCGCAGGAUCAUGGAGUCCCGAAUUUUGACCUUCUUGGAGACAUACCUUGCCUCUGGUCAUCAGAAGCUCUUGCCUACAGUGCCUGGGGGAUUGGGUCCCAUUCAGAAAGAGCUAGAAGAAGUUGCCGUGAAAUUUGUGCGCCUGGUCAACUAUAACAAGAUGGUGUUCUGUCCGUACUAUGACGAAAUUCUCAGUAAGCUCCUCCUCCGCUCCUGAGGUGCACAGCUGCCACAGCUUGUUCCUCAUCUCCUCAGAACCCCGCUCUUGCAAUGCCGUGGAGAAUGGCAUGUGACACAUUCCUGUGUAAUAGCACUGGUUCCACAGGGACUGAAGAAUGCACUGAAUUCUGUUUUGAGGACUGUAUUUAUGAGUGCAGGUUUACAAACCUAAGAAGCUUUUGUUCUCUUGAGACUAUAGGGACACAUAGCUUUCAGUAAUUGGCUGUCUGUCUCUCUGCUCCCGCUUCAUCAGGUUGGAGGAGCUGCUUCUCCCAAGGAACCUGAGACAGUUGUCUCUUUCUCAGAUACUCUGUGCUCAUAAUCAUAAGCCAAGCCUUGUCCUCCUGCCCCGUGUACAACCUCCCUCCCACUACUCUUCCCUGUGGGUACUUUAUGACAGGGCUGCCUGUAGCCAUACAGGGUCCUAGCCCUCUCCUUCCCACUCUGUCCAUUUAUUGCUUCUUGGGUCUGACCUAACAGUGUUCCAGAGCCCUUUUGUUCUACAGCAGAGUUACUUAAUAAUUUAUUUUAUAUUAUUAUUAAAACAGCACCUCUAUACUCCCCUGGCUGGUGUAAAACGUGCUGUCCCCAGACUUUCAUCAGUCCUCCUGCCUCUGCCUCACAAAUGCUAGGGUUACAGGCCUCUGCCGCCAUACCCAAUGGAUAGAACUUAAUUUUUCAAAGCUUGCUUUGCUGGCUGGGAUGUACUGUGGCCAGUGUUUGCCUAGCCUGCACAGGCCCUGGAGUUGACCUCUCCUAGUAUUGAGAAGCCAUAAGCCCCUGUAGCUUCAGUUACUUUUAAAAGGUAGACGACUUAUCUGUGCCCAGGAGCUCAGGAGCAGCCUCAGUAACAGAGACUCCCAACUUAAGAGAAUAAGAACAGCCAGGUGAUAGGGCUCACCUUCAGUCCCGAUACUUAGAAGGCAGAGGGAGGUGGAUCUCUUGAGUUCAGGACCAGCUUCAUCUAUAGAAUGAGUUCCAGGACUGCUAUCGAUACACAGAGAGACCCUGUCUCACAAACCAAAACAGAAAUACUGUUCCUUCUACAGAAGUAGUCCUGAUUCUUGAUGGUGGCAAUUAAAGCCAGGCAUGGUGACAUAUGCUGUAGAUGGUCUUUGCCACUCUGUGGGUUCUGUUUCCCACCCUUUAUCCUCCCCUCCACUUCUCCUUCUAACACUAGAUAGGAGAGAAAGGAGGGGGUGUCCCUGAAUUUAAUUUCUUGCUUUUGUUUCUUUUUUGACUAUGGCUACUAACAGACCACAACCACCCUCCAUUCUUCUUUAAUGACCAGCAACCACCCAACUUACCUCUGAAAAGUUCCCAGAAUUCCAAACUUCACGCAGUUGUAGAAACUAACUUUUUUAUAUAUAAGAUUUACUUAUUUUAUGUAUACAUUGCUGCUGUCUUCAGACACACCAGAAGAGGGCAUCGGAUCUCAUUACAGAUGGCUGGCUGUUAGCCACCAUGUGGUUGCUGGAAAUUAAACUCAGGACCUCUGGAAGAGCAGUCAGUGUUCUUAACCUCAGAGCCAUCUCUCCAGCCCAGAAACUAACUUUCAUGAGGUAACUUUCCAAUUCCUAGAAAAACAGGGUAUAGACAUUUUGAAGUGGCCAUUCUGAGUGCCAAGAUCUUUGUGAAAUGAUAGUCACAGCAGCUCCUGUAUCCACCAUACCUUCUAUUUCAGUAUCAUUCACUUGUAAUUUUAAUUUUGGCCUCUGAUCAUGAACAACUAUAUGCUAGAACGUGUAUCUUCCAGGGCUUCCACACCCUCCUGUUCAUCCUCCUGGAAUGGCUUUGCCUUUGAUGCAGGGAAACCAACAGUUGUGCAGUCCUGUCACCUGUGUUAAAUUGCAUCUCUUUUUACAUCGGCCAUAAUUUCAACUUCUUUGAAAUCUUCAUCUAUAAUUCCUGGGUGCACAAUGAGUCCUUGGGAGGUCAAACCACUCCUUCCCAAGGUCAUCCCUACUGUCCUCGAAGGCAAAGGGCCAUGCUCUCCAGUAGUUUGGGAGAAGAGGUUUGCCUGUGAACUGUUGUAGGGCAGCACUGCCUACGGCACUGCUCGUCAAGUAUCUAGUGCCAGACGGAGGGACUUUGGUCUGUGUGCUGCUCCUUCAGUGGUGGCUCAUGAUUCUUGCUGCAGAGCCCUGAGCCGGACACCUAAGGCCGUUUCCAGCUGUAAGAAAUUACCUUCAAUCUCUCUUUUGGGUCAGCAUUUCUGAACUCAGUGGCAGCCUUUGCCACUUUGCUUAUAGACCCUGGAAAGCAUAGGCCUUCUUUCUGCUUGAGAUUUAAGAAAACCCAUGCCCCUAGAAAUUGUUCAUUCACUUUUCCAGAGCAAAGUACUGUCUUUCUCAAAGUUAAUGCACUGGCCAUUUUGAGUUCUGGGGCUUUUGGUUUAGACACAGUCUUUAUAAAUGACCAUAUUCCACAAUUGAAGCACAGGGCUUUUGCUAUUGGAGACCUCUAGUAUAGCUUGAUCUAUCAACAUGGUACGCAUUCGAACCAAUAUGGGUCAUAUCCCUUACCUGUUAAAACAUAGGCACUGCCCAUGCCUUUACUGGUCUAAGGUAGCUUUUAUUUAUUUUUGCUACUUUGUGUGGGAUCUUCAUGGAUUCUUCUUUCUCCUUACAGUAUCUCCUCUAGCUAGAAUCAGCUUCUCCAGCUUAAUCUCCUCUCUAACCCUACUGAGUCUUUUGUCUUCUGCAUCAUCUGUCUUCUCUGACCCCUACUCUCUCACCCUACCCCCUCUUCUUUCUCUCCAGUUCUAUUACCAUUUCCUGGACUCCUUCCCAGGCUUUUAUAUCUUCUUCUGUUCCCAGAAGUACAAGAGGAAACCCACACUGGGUCAUAGGGUCAAGCAGUUCUAACAGGUAAGCAUCCCCAAAGCUGGGAUCCUUAAAGGGCCAGGCACACAAAAUAAACCAUAUGCUUCCUCAAUUUGUUUAGCUACUAAUUAUUCCUUUUUUGAAGUUGCUUCUCCAUUCUUUCCAAUAUCUUUUCAAGGGUUCUCAGGUAUCUGAUGUAUCUUUCUGUUGAUCCCUGUUGUGCAUGUGCACAACUGAGGUAACCUAACAGCAAUGCUGCUUUCCUGUAACUUGGGUACCACUUCUUGAGCCUUUUAUACUCCAGGACUGUCUUAUCUUCUAGCAUCUUGCAUUCUGGAGUUCUAGGAGCCUUUGGCUUGCAGCCCCAACUUGGACGUGCAGGAUGUACCUUAAGUCCUGCUCAUAGGCCUGUCAGUGGUUAGAUGCUGAACAUUUCUUGGCUAGGUGUCUCUGACUGACGGGGAAGGCAGUGCCUGGUCAGGCUCUCUUCUUUGUUCUUUUUAGCAUCAGCGGCCAAGGUUUUCAGAAGACAUCUCCUACUCAGUCCACAGUUUUUCAUUUCCUGUGGAAAUAUAAACAAAUUUGUGUCCCCAAUGCAAAACCUUUACUGACUUCCAUUCUGAAACCAUUCCAUAUAAAACCUAGUGUCUCUCAGCUGCUGUUGUUCCUUUCUUAUUGACUUUCAAAAAAUUUAAAGUUAACAGAGCACUAUUUAAUCUAUCCUGGGUCUUUAUUCCUCCUCUUUGUUUUAUAAGCAUUUCUUUUAAGGUGCAAUUAGAUCUUUCUACAACUACUUGUCCUGUAGAAUUUUGUGGUAUCUUGUGAUAAUUUGCUUUAUAUUAUAAUAUGUAAAGAAUUACUUUAUCUUUCUGGAGACAUUGUUGGCCUUAAUUCAUGCAGGUGUCCCUAUGAUAGCCGUGGCUUCCAGUGGGUGUGUAAUUACAGAGUCAGCCUUCUUAGGACUCAAAGCAGUUAGUUGCCCAUUGAAACCCUGAGUAUGUAUAUGCUAUGAUGUACACACUUUAGUUUUCUAAAUUCUGCAACAUGAAACACAUCCAUCUGCCAGCUUUUACCCCUUUUGGCAACCCUAGGUUACUUCCAGAGGGUGAUGGAGUUUGGCUAAACAAAGAGCAAGUAGGACAUUUUCUUAUAAUUUCCUUGGCUUGUUGCCAGGUGCUAGAAAUUGUUUUCUUUAAACCUUUACUAUUUGUUAACAUGGUGUCUUUUCAUGAAAAUUUGAGGCUAACACAUUUCCUAUUAAUAAUUGGUCAAUUUCUUCCCUCCCUUGUGCUGGCAAGGACCUGGCAAGUCUGUGAAUUCCUUAGUUAAGGGCUGCCAGAGGCCAGCUUUCCGACCCAGGGUACACUGAGGCAGGGUGUAGAGUUAGUGUUGAUCACUCAGCAGACAGUUCUCUAAGGGAACAAAGCUCUCUAGGGCUUGUGGAAAGGAUGAUAGAAUGAUACUCCCGCCCCCCCGCCCCCCCGCCCCCCUCUCUCUCUUGGGGAAUGAAGCAAACUUCAAGCUUCAACCAUUUUAUAUGCAUACAUAUACAUACACACAUUGGCUGGAGAGAGCAAAGUUCCAACAACUUCACACAUACACAUACAUAAAAUUGUUGAUGGAGCAAAGCUCCAAUGAGCAAGCUCCAACAACUUUAUUUUUUUUCCUAGCCCUUUUGUAUCAUCUGAGAUGGAAAUUCUCUCUUGUGAUAAAAAGGAUCACCUCAUAGUCCCAAGUUAUAUAUUGUCUAAAGAACAAUCACUACAAAAACAUAUUCUUCAAAAAGCAGAUUAAAGUCAUUAUACAAAAGGAAAUUACAACACGAUUAAUUAUAUAUUCAUCUUUUGAUAUAUGUUUUCCAUCUCUGUUUCUCUCCACAAGUUCAUAAUCCCAAAGCAAUAAUCUUUUUGUUAUAGAUUGACAAGAUUUAAGCAAGACGGGUCUAUAGAAGCAAGUUUUUCCUGUGCUUAGCUGACAGUUUGUAUUUACCAAGAACCAGGUCCUCUAUCCUAGGUCUUAUUUUUGCAGUCUUGCUCACUAAGCUGGCUAAUCAUCUAUUUUCUAUUCUUAUCUUCAUAAUGGAAUUAUUUAUAUUCAUAAUGGAAUUGUUCACAUCCUCCUCUAUUUGGUGCACACAUCAAAAUCUGUGACCACAUUCCUAGAUCAUAGGAUCCAGGAACUCAGACCCAAACUAGAAUAAGAUGCCUUCUUCGAUCAUGAACUUGUUCCAAGCCUGUUUUUCCCUUCCUGGCACAGUCACGUGCUUGUAACCCACAAAAGUUCUCUGUGCUCCUUUUCUCACCUCUGCAGCCCUCACAGUCCUACAAUGGGAGGGCACGUUCUACUCCUAAUUCUAAGUUUAUUGUGUCUUUCUGGCAAAACAACUUAAACCAUCUCCUUAAACUUCCUGUCAACUACCCUAACUUAAAACUUGAAUCAUGAAUUCCAUAAAGUUAUUAAUUCAUAAGAAAUAUUUUAUGAAAGUUCAUCUUUAUAUUGAUCUGCAGAAAAAUUGUCCAGUAUAGUGGGUAGUCUCCCUAGAAGCAAUCACACCAGACUACAGGCAGUGAGGGUCUCCCCACGUCUAUUCACACCAUGGCAGAUAUAUAAGGAAUACAGAGGAGGUGCAGCAGCGGCAAGAAGCAAUCCAGAGACAAAACCCCUGGGACAGUGCCUUUCCAGGAAGCUCACUUGCCUGUUGCAGUUUCUCUUGCAUGGCAGUAAGGCCAUUGCUCUACCCAUAGAGGCUUAGUCAACCAUUUUAAGGGUAGGGAUGUUGGUAUAUCAGCAAGUGUCCCCCCCACCCCCUGAAAACCUUGCAAAUUUGGAAACUCAAUCCAUGUAGUGUCUUGUUUUGGCUAACCUUCACAGUCUGUGGUUCUGGAUAAUAUUUUUCAAUAUCUUCCCUAGAAACAUUCUAUUUGAUCCAUUAUUUUUGGAAUUGUCCCUGAUGUUGAGGUGAUUAAUCUGAGUUCUGUUAAUCUGAUUCUUAUCCCCAUAAAUUUAUGGCUAUGUCAGCCACUUAACUUCCUUAUUUGCCCUUCUGGCCCCAUAUAUUUAUUAACCCAUCACACAAUUUGUUUUAUCUGAGAUAACUUUGCAGUUCCUAGAAACUGGGUAUAAACCUUUUGAAAUGGUCAUUCUGAGUGCCAAGAUCUUUGUGAAGUGAUUGUUGAGGUUAGUUUCGUGCACUCUUUAUUCAGAAGCUGAAUUCUGAGCCCCUAUCCAGACCGUAACCUAAUAUUGGGGCAUUGUAUUAACCUAUGUACUGUAAAUAAUGCUCCCUAAUAAUCCCUGAUUGGUCAGUAAAUGACUGAGGCUUAUGACUGGGAAAGGAAGGUGGGACUGAGAAUUGAGUCAGAGGUCUUGAGGGAGACCACCAGGAGGAGGAGAGAAGUCAGAGGUAAGAGGUCACCAUUACAUGGGAUGAACCAUCAGAAGCCUGUGGCCAAGAGAAGUGAAUCCUGACGACAGGCUGAUGGAGCAGAAGCAGCCUGGGAGACACCAGAUUGGCAAGUGACUGGCAUUUGUGUGGGUUUUAACAAGUGGGAGAAUUAAAAUAGCUCAAUGUGCCCAGCAUAAUACCUACAACUUAUUAUAGUGUCUUUGUGUUGUUUACUCGGGAAUGUAUGGGCAAGAAGUGAGGUAGAUAUUAACCAUUAGCUACAAAGGGGUAAAGGGGUGUAAAAAUCCCCCAGAAAAAUAAUAGCAUUUAAUAAAUGAUUGUUACAUCAGCACUUGUAUCUACCAAAUCUGUUUCAAUGUCAUUCCCUUGCAACUUUAAUUUUGGUCUCUGAUCAUUAACCGUUUGCCAGAACACAUUUUGGCAGUACUUCCAAAUGCCCCGAUCCUUUACUAGAUCCACUUUGCCUUUGAUAAAGGGAACAUUAACAGGUGAGCAGUCCUCUAUUCAGACACAGCAGAAGAGGGCAACAGAUCUCAUUACAGAUGGUUGUGAGCCACCAUGUGAUUGCUGGGAAUUGAACUCAGGACCUCUGGAAGAGCAGUCAGUGCUCUUAACCACUGAGCCAUCUCUCCAGCACAGGUGAGCAAUCCUAUCACCUGUGUUAAAGUGCAUUUCUCUUUAUAUAAGCCAUUAUUUUAAUUUCUCCUUUGAAAUACACAGUGAAUCUUUGGGAAGCCAACUGAUUUUGAAGACCAUUCCUACUGUCCCUGAGAGCAAUGACUAUAAAGUCCAGUAGAUAGAUAUUUUAUAACCUUGAAUUUUGUGGGAUAGUGUAAGAUGUUUAUCUCUGGCCAAGCCUAAAGCAGCACUGUCUGCAGCCACAUGCAUUAGAUUUGCAAUACUUAGUUGAGGUUUUUCUGCUUGCUGGUUAUUCUUUGAUAAGAAGCAAACAGCUUAGACUUUUUGCUGCAAGGCCUUGACUUAGGCCCCGUCAUUUCGUUUCCCAAUGCCCAAAAGUCGCCUUGAAUAUCUCUCUUGGUCCUAUACUCAUUUGUCCAGAGGCAACCCUUGCCACAUCACCUGCACAUGCCUGGAAAUCUAGGCCUUUCUCACAUUUAGAUAAAACAACCAUUGCCUUUAGAGAUGCCUUGUUUAGAACUUUGUUUCAAAUGUCCAUAUUUUCCACAAUUAAAUCACCAAAUCUUUUAAGUUAAAGCAACAGAGACAUCUAGCUUGACCUAUUAUAUUGCCAUGGUACAUGUGAAACCAAUUUCAUUUAUAUUUAUACAUUCAUCCAUGGGCCUGUGCCUUCUGGUCUUCUUUCUGCUAACAGUAUCGUCUCUGGCUCAGUCUCCUCUCUAGCCCUACUCAAUCUUUGUUCCUGCACCAUCUGUCUUCUCUGACCCUACUCAUCCGACUUUUCUCCUCUCUCUCCAAUCCUACUACUCUGUCUCCUGGAUCCUACUCCUCUUCUGCCAGCCUUUGGUGGCUUUUUGUAUCCUCUACUGUUCCCAGAAGACCAGGAGGAAGCCAACACUCACGGUCAUGGGGUUAAGCAGUUCUACUGUCUAAGCGUUUUCAAAGAGUCAGUUGACUAACCAUUGGGGAUCCUUUAAGGGGCCAGGCACACACUUCAUUCUAUGUCUAAUAACUUUUUUAUAUUUGGUAUUAGAGUUCUCAAAUGUCAAGGUCUUGAUUUAUCAACACCAUUUUGUAACAGGGUCUGAUACAGCUUUGUUCACAGCUGAGAGUAAUCUUUGUGUUAAAAAAAAAUCAGUGGGGCCUUCUCCAGAGCCUUGUAUAAUCUUUGCAAAUGAGGUCUUUCCCCUGGCUCCUCAACUUUCCCCAAGCUCUUACAGCCACUAAGCAGCACUGUUCUGUAGUCCCGUGGUCACAUCGAAUCUGUUCUCGUAUCUCAGAGUACUGUCCUUCACCUAGCACCUGACCUUUUACUAUAUUCAAUCCACUCCAUUUUGCUAUUCGAUGUUCAUGAUUAUUUCCCUCCACUGUGUUAACCAUUGCAACUGCAGACCCGUGUCUAGUGCACAUACUUUCCAAUCUCGGGGAACAAUUUUUUUAGUAGCUCAGCUAUUUAGGAUUUGUUUUGCACCCCAUAUGAAGUCAUCACCUCUUUAAGUGCCUUAGAUCUAUCAUUCCUAUAGGACGCCAUCUUGUCUUGUUAUAACCUUAUUCCAUAAUGUUAGCAGGCACGAAUUGUAUGGCUGCUUAGAAAGUUGAUCUCAUAACCCUGGGCCACCCCUCUCAUAACUCUGGCAGCACAGUUGGUUGAGAUUAACCCUUUCUUUUGAAUGGGUGUUUUGUCAGAUUGUCUCUGACCUGACCACGCUUCAGCACUGUUGUUCCCUCCGUCUUGCUUGCUGUCGUGCUCAGCCACUGGGACUGAGCCUUUGUUCUCUUCUCCAGUGCUCCUCACUUCUGAAGCUUCCCUCCAUCUUCAGCCUCUCCAGUUUCACAGCCAACUCUGCCACCCGCUCAGAAAAAAGUAGCAGAGUGACUCCCCUUCCCUCAUUCCAGCCAUUUUUGUUUCUUAGGACCCUCUAUUUCCAUUUGCAAUUUUCCCAAGUACUCAGCCAUUCUUUCAAUCUUUUUUUGAAACAAAAUAUACAAAGAAAAACACUGAAAAUCACCUCUGGGAGCAGAGUGGUGGAUAUUCCAGUGUUAGUAGCCACAAUAAAUUAUUUGCUUGCUCCUUGGGGGUGGGAAAGAAUCUAUUCCUUUGCUCCCUCCAGUUUACUCUAUAGUAUUUGGAAUUAAAUUUCCCAUUUUUUAAAAAAGAAUCGCACAGUGGGCACCACUUGUAGCUGGUCUUUGCUGCUUUGUGGCUUCUUUUUCCACCCUUCAUCCCCCUUUCCCAUGUCUCCCUCUAACACUAGAUAGGAAAGAAGAAAGGAUAGAGGAGAGAGAGAGAGAGAGAGAGAGAGAGAGAGAGAGAGAGAGAGAGAGAGAGAGAGAGAUCCCUGAAUCUACAUUUUUUUCUCUGUCCAUGACAACUAACAAACUGUAACUAUCCUUCCUACAACAACCAACAGCCACCCACUGCACCUCCCCAGGCCAGCAUUAUGUACUGAAAAGUUCCCAGAACCCAAACGUCACACAGUCAUAGAACCUAUCUGCAGCUGGCAAAACCAUGUAUCUGCCAGAGCAUGAGACAAAUCACAGUCAGCUGCUGUGGACAGUCUGCAGCAGCCCUGUAUCCCCACACCAGGGAUUAAAUGAAAAUACACUCUUACACUAUUUCUGUGUGUUUUUUUAAUGAAACCAAAUUCCAGAAUUUUCAUAAAGGUCACCACAAUAUGUCUGUAAUCUUAGCUCUUGGGAGACUGACACGGUGGAAUGACAAGUUGAAGGGUAGCCUGGGUCUAUAGUGAGAGCCUCGUUGAAAAGCAAGGCAUCAGUGACCUAUGAGGUCUAAACAAAUUAUUUGACUUUAAUCUUUAUUUUUUUAACUUUUUUUUAAAAAAGAAGCAUUUAUGUAUGUGAGUACACUGUAGCUGUCUUCAGACACACACACACACACACACACACACACACACACACACCAGAAGGGGGCAUCAGAUCCCAUCACAGAUGGUUGUGAGCCACCAUGUGGUUGCUGGGAAUUGAACUCAGGACCCCUAGAAGAGUAGUCAGUGCUCUUAACCACUGAGCCAUCUCUCCAGCCCAACUUUAAUCUUUAAAACAUAAUUGUAAAUAGCCUAUUAUAACCCAAAAGGAGAAAUAAUUCACAUAGAUGUGCUGAUGGAAUUCUGAUUCAGAAAUUAGAUUUGUGUUUCAUGAAAAAUAGCUCAACCCCACUAAUCUAGAUCAAUAAGAAAAGUCCUCAGAAUUUGAGCAGAAUUGUUAAGGAACUUGAAUGAUCAGAAUUUCUGACACAGCAUAUGCCCAUGAGAGUACUUUGGAUGUGUUACAGGUGGUUUUUUUUUUUAAUUAUAUAUACUAAUGUAUUUUAGACAAGGCCGUUAUGGUAGAAGCAGAGCCAUGAAGGUGAAGUCAUCUCCAGCUGGAUUCCCCAGGCACCAGAGACAAAAGGGACAUUCACUCUGAAAACUGUCCAGUAAUACCUGGCUCCCAGGUGAGCCCAGCCUCGGGUGUGCGUAUACUCGAGCUCAACAUUUCAGAGGCUGAGGCAGAAGGCCAGUCUGGGUUGCAUAGCAAGACCCUGUAAAAAUGAUUGUUAAUAUUGUCUAUAUGUUAAUGGUGGAAAUUAAUAUGGUGGCAGUUAUUCCAUAGCCAGCUAGUUCUCCAAAUAGCCACACAGAGAUCUUUAAUAUUUCAAAGCUCAGGCCUAUUUAGGCAGACUCACAAUUAGCUCAUCUAAGUUAAUCUGACUGCCUAUCCCCAUUCCACCAUGUGACUAGCUAAACCUUCUAGGCCCAUAGUUAGUCACAUCUGUUUCCUUCCCGGUUUCCGGUCUCCUGGUGAAAAGGCCUUUCUCCUCUUCCCAGGGUUCCUUUCUUUCUCCCAGGAAGUCCUGCCUUCCUCUUUCUACUGCCUACACACAAGCUUUAGCCUUUUAUUGACCUGUUAACUUGGAGAGCAAGGUUUGCACAACAAAAGCUGAUAUACAUGAAAAUUUACUCGUAUUGGGGCAACCAGAUCCUGGGGUAAAGAAUUGAACAUACGCAAAUAUUUUAACAUAUUCAACAUAUUUAACAUAUUCAAAAUACAUAGCAGAUCAACCCCAACAAGACCCUGCCUGAAAAAUAAAUAAAAUACUGAAUGACCGUUUGAGGAUGAUUUCUUCAAAUAAUGUGCUACAAACUUCUCUAAUGCUGAUUUCUGAUUCCAAGCAAAAUCAUGCUGAGUGUAGUGGUGCAUGCUUUAAACCCAGAGCUCUGAAGGCAGGAGCAUGCACAGCUCCAUGAGUUCAAGGCUGGGUUGGUCUACAUACAGAUUUCCAGGGGUGAUGCAUAGUGAGGCCUGUCUCAAAUAAGUAUGUCACAUUAUCUCCUUGGAAAUUCAUUAAAGUCUGUUGUCCUUGUUUCUGAUAAA